UUGAGAGACCGCGAUUAUAUGACAGAAACAAUGUAGCCCAUUCAGUGUGUGCAAAAUGAAGCAGUCUAUUCUGAAACUGAGUAGGCUAGCUUCAAUGUUUUUGAGAGAAAAUUGUUUAUUGCAGCUGUCACUGAUAUUUUCAGUCCAACGUCCCCAAAAUGGGAUUCGUGUAGUCUAUUUGGACAUUGAUAUCAUGUUUACAUUUCCCUAUCUGUAGCCGAAGGGAAAGGGUGUCUCGGUAUGUUUUAGACAUGCGGAAGUGUGUGCAAGCUAUGACGCGUUGUUAAAUGACAGGCGGUACAGUGCGUCUAUAUCUGCGCUAAUAAUAUUAAUUAUGCCUCCGAAAGACCCGCUGCUCGGGGCCCUCAAAGUAUGCAUCCUGAACCUGCAGACAGAAGAGGGGACAGUGACAGAUGUCAACCCUCACCUCUCCUCCUGCUGUGAACUACUGGAGCUCACCCUCAGGAAGGGCCUUCAACAGCCAGUCCUUGGUCUAGUACACAGGGACUACUGGCAAUGUUUUGAGCAACUCCUCCAACACGACAACUGCGGCAGACUGAGUGCUGUGUCACUUGCGGUUGAACAGACCUUAGCCUGCAGGAAGCUGUUGUCAGCUCAGGGACGAGGACGCUACCUCCUUAGGCUAGCCCUCAGACGGAGGGUUCUAGAAGGAGUCAUCAAACACCUGUUACACACACCCAAAGUACUAGAGUGGUACAACCCAGCUAUUUCACUUCUUAGGAAUGAGGAAUUUGUGGAGCCUUUCAUGUCCCUGCUCAUGGUCCUCUCAGAAAUGGAAUUCAAACUGGACAUGGAGAACUGCAGUUUUCUGGAUGAGAGCUGGCUUCUACCGGUGUGUGAUAUGUAUGAGGCAGUACCCUGUCGUGAGCUAGGGAUGGUGCUCAGGUAUCUCAGUGGCCGUGUCUUUGUCCUGAAACUGUUGCCAGGUAGCCAGGCUCAGGUGGACAAGUGUGUACAUCCAGGUGACAUCAUUGAUGAGAUCAACGGAGUCUCCUUACGGAAUGCCUGCAAUGGACAGGCAGGUGUGGUCCUCUCCGGGCUUAAGGGGCAUCCCCUGUCCCUGCGUGUGUUACGGUGGUGUGUGCAGGACGGGGGUGUAUAUCGCCCCAUCAUCAAACUCCUAAGAGCUCUCAGAGAAGAGAACCCCGCCCUGCAGCUAGGCCCUUCCCCUUCCUCCCAAGAACCCACCAAUCAGGGCCAGAGGCCCACACCCUCUCAGUGCCUCAAAGAGGGAAGAAUUGUGUACAUUGUGCAGUUCUUGGGAAAGACAAACAUUGGAAUGUAUGGAGGCAAGGAGGUGCUUCAAAAUGGAAUCCCCCUGGUCAUACAGCAAAACCAGCCCAGCAUGGAAGUACUUUUAGACCUUAAGGAAACCCACUUGAUCUGCACGGAGAAAUCCAAUAUGACAGAGUUGUUCCAGCAUCAUUAUCCAGAGAUCUCAUGUGUAGGGCGGUUUGGCCAGCCAGACUAUACCAUCUUUGCCUUCUGCGUAGUAGAAUCCCCAGAAACUCCUCAGUCAACAGGAUUCUGCUGCGUGGUGCUUAGAGCCAGUGCGGUCAAAGAAUGUGAGGAGAUCGUCAACCGAAUCGCUAUUGGUUUCAAGCACACGGAGUGGUUCGUAUGAAAAGAAAUCCCUUGACAACUGGAUAUGUGCCAAACAUCAAAAUGUUGUGGUAAUUGAAUAAACACGUGCUUUGAAAAAUUAAAGUGUGAACACCAAAUGUAAAAGCCCCUAGUGGCUGGAGACAUUCUCAGAACAAGAACCACAAACACAUGAGCAUUUAUUCAUAAAGACAUUUAAUAGAAAGACUACAAUGUGACAACGCUUCCAUAAAUAGUAUUAAAUGUAGCUGCCAAGGUUUUAUAUGUUGGGAAAAUAACAUGUAAAAAGCAGUUCAGAAUAUACAGGGGGGCUUUGUCGUGCUCCUGGCCAUCCUAGACAGUGUCAAGAGGUAAAUCCCGACACCACUGUGUAGUGAGGUGUUGUGCAAGACAUGCUGACAGACAAAGGGUGGAAAUUGAUGAAGGACCCAGACCAUUCCUUCCCCUGGCAGCUGAGAAGAAUUCAGACAUCUUGAAUCCCCCCCCCCCCCCCCACAAGCAAGAGCUCCAACCUCAUCUGGAGCCUAUACUAUCCACCAGGAUCCAAAAUGAGACAGUUAACAUUUGAAGAGGGCAUCUGACUGUACAGUCAAUACAGUCAUGUAAUACACUAUCCUCUACUCAAUGUAAAAACAAGCCUCAUUUGCAAUUGAAGCAGAUAUUCCUAAAUUCCUCUGUCCUCACAUUGGCCAGAUCUGAAUUGAGGUUUGUGGAAUGACCCAUCUCUUAUCAUUCUAAAAUACGAAAAAAA